AUGUCUAGCGUAAUACCUUUCUGUUGGAGCCCAAUGGUGUUGGUGGCGCCGAGGUUGCUGGUUUCUGGGCAGGACUCAAUCUCGGAUUUGUCUGCGUCUACCGAAUUCGAUGAAGUCCAAGGGUUAUGCCCAGAGGAGAUGGGGUUCCCAUGCCAGAAGUUCUCUGAGUUCGUGACUGCAUACCUAUCUCCAUCCUUUGCGGCAGAAAUCGUAUCCACUAUGUUGCGAUACAAGAUCAAGUUGGGUGGAGGGGUAUGA